GCCGCAGGCCCGCAGCCGCCACACGCACGGCGGGUACCCACGAUAACUCUGAUUAUAUCGAUCACAGCAUCGUUAUCCCGUUCUUCAUCCUUGUAUUCGUACUACUGUGUCUAGGAGUCCUGGUAUUUCUUUUGAUCGACGGACAUGUAUAACGGUUUCCAAGCUGAAAGCAAUAAUCCGUUCCUGAGUGAUGCUCAGACUGCCCCCGCACAUUCUCGCUUCCCCAAUAUUUCUGCAUCGACCUUUCAACAGUCGCCGCCGCAGAUGGGCUACCAGUCUUACGACACAGGUUAUCAGCAACAGCCCUAUUUCCAACAGCAACAAUAUCCGCAGUUUCAAGGACAGACACCCUACAACCAGCCACAGCAAUACCAACAGAAUCAGUAUGCGUCUUCAUCUUAUAGAUCGGGACAACUUGCCCCACAGUCGACUGGCAUGCCUUUUCAGCCGCCUAGUCAGUUUGGACAACAGCUAGCGUCUCAAGCAGACUUCCAGCAGCCUUAUCAACAAUAUCCAAACGGGUACCAGAACCAGUAUGUUCAGCAGCAGCAGCAACAACAAUUACAACAACAACAGCAAUACGGCGGCUACCAGCCUCAGCAACAAUUACCAAGUUACCUUUCUGAGUUUGACCCAUACCGCGACGCGCCCCACCCCACUCCUUCACGUAACAGGUCCAGUUCCCAACCAACUAGCCUUGCAAGCCACAAUCCUGGCGGUGCGAUGCACCCUCGGGAUUAUAUCCGCCAACAUAAAUCUGAACUGGAGGCCUGGGAUCCGUACACGUGGAAGCAGAUGUUUAAUGCCUGUGAUGCGCUCAGCGCAGCCUGGCUUACACGCAAACAAGAGGCGGAAAGAGCAGUGCAGCAGCUGGGUGGGAACAGCGCACCGGGUUUCUUCGGUCCAACACCUGGUUAUCAGGCGUAUGGCAAUGAACUUCAGAGGUGGCAGGAGCUUGUGAAAGAAGCGAACUCGUAUCAUGAUACCGUCGCAGCCUCUGCAUUUCAGCUGAAAGAGGUUCACUCCUCUUAUAGACAGUCGGGAGAUGCUGUGAGCAAGCGACGCGUGCGCGAAUCUUGCAACGCAGCGUUGUCGAACUUGCCCGACUGGCCCGCACCAUUAAAUGCCACUCAGCCGUGGUAGAAUUUUUCUUCACCUCGCUAUGAAUCAUGAAAGGGAUUUACGUUACGAUCAUUUACGCAACAUGCAUGCUAUUGUAUUUCUUGCGCAUUUCUUGUUGUUGGUCUGUCCUGUUCUGCAUCGCACUACCGGUGCCGGCUUGAUACUAUAUUGCUGCACAUUGAGGGCGGUUUCUCUGUCUCCACUAUCUUACACUCCUUUCUUUCUUUCUCGCAAUUGGCCAAAUGGGAGUUUUUGUAUUUCUAUGGAUACUUGAUCGGCUGCAGACAUUAACGGUGGUUACGGUGAUCCUCAAGUACACCUUUGCAUAUCGCAUGAUCUUCAUCGACAUCCCUCGUCCAUGAUG